AUGGCUAGUUCAAAACAUGAGAGGCGUCACGAGCGCAAAAAGCAUCGUCAUGGCUUGAGAGAGCGGAGAGCGAAUUCAAGAAGAUAUUCUGAAAAUUUAAAUAAGUCAACAUCAAACAAAUUUGAUUCAUUGAGCGCAAGGGAUAACGCCGAUAGUGGAGUUGAUCGCCUUAAGUCGAGCGAAGGAACUGCGAAUGAACAACAGAUUGAUGAAAGAAAGAGUGCAAAAAGUAAAUCAAAAACGAGUCACAACACGGAACGCAGCACAGAUAUCCAUUAUGAAAGCGAUGAUUUACGGAAACGUUUCGACGAGAGUCUCAAGAAGGCGUUGAAUCGUUCGAAAGUCAAUCUCAUUAAAGGUGAAAACAGCGAACAGGAAGAAAUUGGACUAUAUGACAAGAGUAAGCAUCAUUUUUGCUCAGAUGAUGACUUGGCCGAAGCGAUGCAAACAAAAACCGUACAAGAAGUGAUCACAUCAACAAGUCGAGUGUUACUCAACGAUGAACGAAUCGAGCCAGCCACUGUACAACUACAAAUGCGUGUCAAUAACAUCAAAGGUCACACACAAUGCAGGCCAACAAACGUCUAUUUCAACGCAUAUGUAAGGGAACUUGUCUUAUAUCAUCUCAUCAAGAAACCGAAACCAGUGCAUGAUAGAAUCCAUGGAUUUCAGUCAUUAAAAAAGCAAACAUGUUGUUAUCUGAAGCGAUCAAAAAUUGUUUUGAAAGCGACACAUCAUGCUGAACGUACCACUUGA